AGCACCUACAUAGUUUACAUCAUGGAGGACAAAUUCAGAGAUAAACCUCAAAAAUCACAAAGCGAUGGCGACUCUAAAUGGUUGGAUGCACACAGCGAUCCACUGGCGGCUUUGUAUUCAUUCACACAGUGUAUGACACUGGCAGACUUACAUGGGGACGGUGAACAUAAGUUAGUCAUUGCUGAUCUGGGAACAGGAGCAUAUAAUAUGAAGUUGAAAGUUUACAAAGGGACGAGUCUGAUGUCAGAAAACACGAUCAUUGACCUACCUACCGGGGUUGUUACUUUCCUCAUGGAUACAGAUGAACCACGGACACCAGCAAUUGCAGUGGCAUCAGGGUCAUACAUAUACAUCUACAAGAAUAUACGUCCAUAUUUCAAGUUCACUCUGCCCCCACUGCCUGUAAAUGCUACAGAAAAGGAUAUUUGGGACCAAGUGAGAGAGGAUAAAAUAGAUAUAAAAACAGUGAAGGAGCUACUAGAUGGAAUAAGAAGUGAAGUUACAGAGAGUGGGUUAACAACCAGAACGCAACGGUUUCUCAUGCUGGCCCCCGGGGAUGUGGAGGAGUUUGUGAGUCAGCACAAGCACUCGCCGCUGAAGCGACAGACGGUGAUCACGUGCCUCGACACGCUGCGCAAGUCAAUGGCCGACGAUGACGCAGUCAGCUGCCUCGUGCUGGGCAGCGAGAAUCGCGAGAUCUACGUGCUCGACCCCGAAGCCUUCACCGUGCUCAGCAUGCUGCAAAUACCUAGUGUCCCGGUGUUUCUGAGCGUUUCUGGCCUUUUUGAUGUGGAAUUCAGAAUCAUUGCUGCGUGCAGGGAUGGGAAUCUGUACACUGUAAAAAGGGACACAACUGUGGUAAAACCUAGUGCAGAGCUGAACACUCAGCCGGUGGGUAUGGUACGGAUUAACAAGAAUGUAGUCGUUGGAUGCAUGGACCAAACUCUGAGGUGUUACACCACCAAGGGAAAGAAGCUGUGGACUGUGCAAACCCCUGCACCGAUCACCACCAUAGAACUGAUGGACCACCAGAGACACGGAUUCAAGGCCGUACUGGUUGCGCUAACGAACUGCCAGGUUCAUUUGUACAAGGACAAAUAUCUAGUCAAUGUCAUAACGACUGACAGUGUCAUAACAGGAAUGAAAUUUGGACGCUAUGGCAGGGAAGAUAGCACACUGAUAAUGAUAAACAAAGGUGGUGGUUUGCUGAUAAAGAUUUUGAAGAGAACUGCACAGUUUGAAGAGGGUGCAAUGGUAGCCGGUCCACCUCCUGCACAAGCACUGAAGCUCAAUGUUCCAAAGAAAACCAAGUUGUUUGUCGACCAGACAAUGCGAGAGCGAGAAAGUUCCGUCGUGAUGCACAGAAUGUUUCAGCACGAUCUUUAUAGACUGCGACUGAACACUGCUAAAUCAUACGUUAGCAGCUUGGAAAGCAGCUUGAACCCAAUAUCAAGUAGUUUAUCAGAACCAGUCAAGCUGUCUGCUCAGGUUCAAGGUAUGGGUCCUUCCUUCCGUAUGAACAUCCAGCUGACCAACACGUCCAAGUCAACUCCUUCGAGAAACUGGUUCCUUAGUUUCCAGUACAGCGAAGCCAUCUACAAGUUGGAAAAAUACUACAUUCCAGUUUCCAUAUUGCUGCCCGGUCUCACGUACAGCUUUGAGACGAGAAUCGAGUGCCUCACGGACAAAGGAAUCUCAGACCAGAUAAAGGUUAUGCUGAUAAAAGAAGAUAGCACCAUUCCAGUGAUAACAGCUGUGAUCAGCAUGCCAGUGAGUGAAGGACAGGAGCUAGCAUAGCCUAGCAUUGGUCUUGCUCAUGCUUUGCCAGUAGUGCUCAACCAAAGAACUGUAAUAUGUAUAUUAUUAUACAUAUGAUAUAUAUAUAAUAUAUAUAUAUAUGU